CAAUGUAGGACGAUCCCGACAUCCUAGACCCGGUGACGUCAUUGCUUUUUACGUCCUGUAGAACAGUUUUUACCUGACGUCUUUCACGUUCGUCUUCACCUGUUCUGCCACAACGAGAGUUCCUUCAGACGCACAGUACGAUUCACCGCUUCUGUACUAGCAGUAACCGUCCGCCAUGUCGCCGGAGGAGGAGAAAGAGUCCCCGGAGAAAGAGUUCGCCGGUAACACGACUCUACAUGGACUUAACAGGAUUGUGAUCGCCCCGAGCGGUUACUUCCGGGUCCUGUGGGUUCUCGCCAUUCUUUCUUCAUACAGCGGCUUCGCCUACAUGUUCAGCACUAUGAUUAUCGACUACUUCAGCUACGACACCAUCACUGAUACGAAGUUGGAGUUUGACGAUGAGGUGAUUUUUCCGGCGGUCACAAUCUGCAACAUGAACAAAUUUGACGAAAGUAAGCUGAAGAUCAUUGACUUCGUCUACCUGUCGAUGUUCCUGUACGCUGUUCAGCUUGACGUUGACACGAUCAUAGCCGGUGGUGCGAUACCUGAUGAGACCGUCAAUUCCACCACGGAGGGCAUGAAUGUUGAGGAUCUCCUGUUGCAAAAAGGCUUUGACAUCCACUGGAAUCGCAUGCCUCUAUGCAUUUGGAAGGGGGUCCACUGUACCGAACGGAACUUCACACAUUCAUUCGGCCACUACGGAAACUGCUAUACCUUUAACGCUGAUGCCGACAACCCGCUAAAACAAUCCAUGCAGGGUUCCAGCCAAGGAUUCAUGGCGUUCAUCGACCUUAAAGUGGAUGAGUACACUGAAACGUAUACCGCUGGUGGGAAUGCGGAGGUAGGACUGAAGCUCCUGGUGCACGAUCCGAGGGAACCUCCCAUGAUGGACACCCAGGGCAUCGCCCUCGCGCCGGGAAACCACGCUUUCGUUUCCGUCAAGCGGAUACUGUACGAGAACCACGUGCCUCCGUGGGGGGUCUGCGAGGACCGACAGCUGGAGUAUUACGACACCUACACGCUGAACGGCUGCUAUCUGGAGUGCAGGAGUAAACACGUGGUCAGCAACUGCAGCUGUCGGCCUUACAACUUACCAGGAACGGCACCAACAUGUGACCCGACUACCAUGUUCACAUGUGUCAACGAUGUAUUAGAUCAGGUGAUCAGAGGAGAGCUGAAGUGUGACUGCCCCGUACCCUGCCGUAUGACGUCAUACAGCACGUCUGUGUCCUACGCAGGGUGGCCGAACAGACACACCCGUACCUACCUUGCACCAUACUGGGGCAUGGACUCAAACUACAUAACAGCAAAUGGCGUCGUGUUCAGCGUCUUCUAUGAGAAACUGAACUACCAGAAAAUCACAGAACUGAAAGCAAUGGACGGAGGACAACUUGCAAGUAACAUAGGAGGAAUGAUGGGCCUGUUUAUAGGAGCCAGCCUGCUGACCCUCCUGGAGGUGUGGGAGUACCUGUGGCAGCGUCUGAAGGGGUUCCUCGGGAAACAUCGUCGCCCAACGGUCAUUGAUGUUAAAACUCAACCACACGACAUAGAAAGGGGAAUAGUGUUUCACAAGUAAAUUCCAAACCAAAUCAAGGAGUAUAUAUACUUGUAGACUAUAUAUAUGCAAACUUGCCGUAUCUAUUGAAUUGUAACUGGUAUCUUAAAGUAUAUAUACCGAUGUAUGAAUAAGUAAAGCUUUGUAAAUAUUUUUACUUACUUUUACGUUUGGCUGUUCUUUGACUAAUGAUUUAUUUGUAAAGCUUUAUGGUCCUUGCAUUUUGUUGCGUUCUUAUAACAGAGAGGUCGAAGGUCACCAAGAUGGCUGUAUAAUAGUAUGAAUGUUAACUGUUUCAAUCAGUAAGACUAUUAUUCGGUGCGCCAAAUGAUGUUGAUCAGCACAUAUCAAAUGUCAUCCUCCAUAUGACAGUAAGUAUAAGAUAACGUGGCCAAUUUUAGUCCUCUUCUUUGUUUACCUAGAGACAUUUUCCCCCCGUCACAAAUUUUAAGUCAGGCAAACAAUUCAGUUCAAAGUUGAAGUCCAACACACGAAAACGUUCAAUUUGUUUUAUUUACUUUCACUACAACGUUACAUAGCAGCCUGCUGUUGGUACACAAGAAAUUUUUGUAAGAUUUUCAGUUGAAACACUUCAAGCAAGUCAGGCAUUCCGCAUACGUACAUGUGUAUAGUACAUCUAUUCAGUAUUAUUAUUAGAAUGACCUUCAAAGUAAAUACAGGUUACUUCUACAACAAUUUUGGUUAUCUCACUGGUCCGCGCCUGUUUGCGAAAUACAUUUGCUAACCGGCGCAAGUUGGUCGCAAUUGGGUUGAACUUGACGCAAGCUAGUCACCAGCAGGCGUGACUACUGGAAAUACCUUUUUGGUGAAUCUUGAUUAUUGUACAUGAUUUCAAAUUUCAGAGGCUACUCUGCAAUUUCCAGUUAAAUUUUGUAUUAAAUUGACGCUGAACCUGAGGAUGUGAUGUUCCGCGAUCCGAGCGUGGCCAUUUUGUUUGUCGAGGUCACGUAUUUUACCCGUGUGUCGCACGGCGUUAAGUCGCAAAGUUGCCGCAAUAAUUUGUCACCAACAACAGCGGACCAGUGAAAUCCCUUUUUACUCCUCUGGUAUCUUCUCCACAAAUAGCACUUUGGCAUCUAUGGUGUUAGAUUGAA